AAGAGGGGCCCUUACCACGAUUCUCACAUCCCGCACUUUCGCUUCACUUUGAUUCGAUUCGGACCAUCCAUAAAUGAAUCUGACGGAUCGAAGACGCUUGAGGGUAUAGUUUGGUAAAGUUGUUACUCCUGCGCCAUCGCACUUAAGCUUGUGUUCGCGCCCUGGAAUCUUUCAAUAAGACUUUUUCGGGAUAGAUUAAGCAACCAAUCUUGGAUAACACGUUAAUUCGGAGAAUUAUUAUAAAAGCUUCCAGCCACUAUGCAGCAUAUCUCUCCCACCAUUCACCGUAACUCGAAAAGAGACUCGUCGUUCUCGCUGACCCCGACACUAGCCGUUUGUUAUACUCAAAAGGUGCCAGCUCACCCACUUCCGUACCCGUCCUGCACCCGAUGCCCCCGUUCUACGAAGUAGCUGUCGCUCGUUUUGGGCAAUCAUCCUCGAAAGCCAAAUGGGUAAUCGUUGUCGUAUUCACGCCAUCUACCCAUUCAUUGGUCUAUCAAAUCGCUGGCUCGGCUGUUGACUACAGCCUCGAAGCACCGCAAUCAGUCACACUCAAAGAUGGGGAGAAUGGUUAUUUGGGGAGGGCACCUAUAGGAUUGGUGGACUCCGAGAAUCUACAUCUGCUCCACUCCACACUCGCAUCCAUUCCUGUUGUUCAAGGAGAUGCCUCCUGGAGCAGCCACAACUGGGUCAUGGAGGGUAUAGCUGCACUUCGGAGAGUACAGGGAUAUCAUAUUGACAAGCACGUGUCAAUGCAGUGGAUAUCAGAAAAACUAGGAGGGAAGUAACUCGGGUCAUUAGUGACCGAGGGAGAGCCCGUUUGCCGUCAUCAAGAUAUCUGGAUGAGGGUGGAGAGGGAUAACUAUAUCGGGGACAUUCAGGGCAAAACACAUAUAGAGGGUGGAAUGAUAAGUGUAUUUUGGGACACUGUA